AAUUCUGCAAGUAGUUCUAAUUUACUAUCGCUGUUCUCUAGCUGGUCUAAAACCACUUUUUACCUAAAGGGACGUUUUUUGGACGCCAUGGACAUUUCUCAGUUUCCAGGCAGAAAGAAUGGUAAAAAUGCAGGCAGGGCACAGGACAAAGCACUAGGGACAAGAUGUAUGUGAAAUGGUUUGAUACAUGAAUUUAGUGAAUGUCACUUUUUGUAAUUUUUAAAUUUCCCGCCGUUCCGUCCCCCCGCGCUCGCAGGGAACGGAACCCAGAAGACGGAUGCCAGCAUCGGCCGGAGGACAUUGCCAGGGACACUGCAGGAGGGACAU